AUGAAACGUAGUAACGAUAACAGCAAUCAAAGUCAUGAAGAUGCUAAAAAAGCAAGGCAUAAUCCAAAUAAUAGUAGUGGCAACGUUUUUUUAACAAGAGCUGAUUAUUAUCAUAAAGCCGCUCCGUUGAGAUUAAAGCAACCCACAAAUCGACCUUCAAAAAUUUAUCAAAAAUAUUCUACAAAUGUUAUUAGACGAACUGUAUAUCUUGGAAAUUUACCACCAAAUGUAGAAGUUUAUAAACUUAUAAAUCAAAUCAAAGUUGGUCCAUUAGAGUCUGUAAAACUACAUCCUGACAGAAUUUGUGCAUUCAUUUCUUUUAUGAAUGCUACUCUUGCAAAAGCAUUUUAUGAUGAAGCUACGAACAACCAAAUUUUUUAUGAAGGUCAAGAACUUUACGUUGGUUGGGGUAGAUUAUCAGCUGUACCUUUAGGUGUUCAAUUAGCUGUUGAAGAAAACAAUGCUUCACGUAACGUUCUCCUAGAAAAUUUGGAUGAUUCGAUCACUGAAAGGAUUUUACAUAGAGAUUUGGCUGAAUAUGGUUAUAUUGAUACUAUUCAAAUUAUCAGAGAAAAAAAGAUUGGAUUAGUUCAUUUCUGGAAUAUUUCAAGUGCCAUUAGAGCAGUUGAAUCAUUACCAUCAAAAUACGCAUACAAAAAGGUUAAAGUUGAUUAUGCCAAAGACCGGUGUGAAAUAUAUAUGCAAAACACUCUCCUUCAAAGCUUUGGAAAUAAGGCAUCUCAUAAUCCUUAUCUUGAUGUUAUGUCAACAACUCGUAAUCCUUAUCUUAAUGAUGUGACAACAACUCGUAAUCCUUAUCUUAAUAAUGUGUCAAUUCAUGAUCAUAAUCUUAAUGCUAUGUCAUCAAUUCAUAAUCAUAAUCUUAAUGCAUGCACUUUAUUUCACAAAAGAUAUCAUCCCAAUGAAAAUCAACACGCAUUAUCUGAAGAAACUAUGGCAAAUGUCACUAGCAAUGUUGGAAACCGAAGUGUUUAUCUUGGAAAUAUUCACCCCUCAACUAGGUCUGAAGAAAUUUGUAAUUAUAUUCGUGCCGGUAAUCUUGAAUGUAUUCAAUACAUCCCGAAAAAACAAGUCGCAUUUGUCAGAUUCGUUGAUCCAAACAGUGCAGCGAGCUUUUUGUUUAUGGCACAAAAUUUAGGCUUGGUAAUCAAAAAUAGAAAACUUAAAGCUGCUUGGGGGGACAAUCCAGGACCAUUGCCUAAAGAUAUAGAGCAUGAAGUGAAUAACAGGCAUGCUUCUCGUAAUAUUUAUAUUGGAAAACUUGGUGAAGGAAUGACCGAAGAAAAACUAUAUAAUGACUUUAAAAAGUACGGCGAAAUAGAAUCAACCAAUCUUGUCAAAGAAAAAUCAUGUGGAUUUGUCAACUUUAUGUCUAUUAGUUCUGCAAUCAGAGCAAUGAAGCUUAUUAAAGGAAAUGACGAUUACAAAGACUGUUAUAUUAAUUAUGGAAAAGAUCGUUGUGGUGAUUGUAGUGACGCCAAAAAUAGAAAACUUAAGGCUGCUGAGGAUGACAAUCCAGGACCAUUGUCUGAAGAGGAUGAAAUGAAUAACAGGCCUCCUUCUCGUAAUGUUUAUAUUGAAAAACUUGGUGAAGGAAUGACCGAAGAAAAACUAUAUAAAGACUUUAAAAAAUGUGGCAAAAUAGAAUCAAUCAUUCUUGACAGAGAAAAAUCAUGCGGAUUUGUCAACUUUAUGUCUAUUGGUUCUGGAAUCAGAGCAGUGAAACGCAUUAAAAGAAAAAGUGGUUACAAAAACUGUUAUAUUAAUUAUGGAAAAGAUCGUUGUGAUGAUGGUAGCGAUACAAAUAAAAAUAACAAAUAA